AGCCGCCGGCCCGGUCCCACUUCGUAAACCUCUCGUAGCUGUUGGUUUGGUCGUACUCGGCCAACGAGAUCUUGGAUUGGAGCGGGAUUACCUCUCUGAUGUAUGUGAUCGCUUCCCAUCCAGCAUCUGAAGAUGUUCUGGCUGGAGGGCUGCCAUCCAGAGGCACCACCGUAUUUCUUUCUGCGUUUCAGAACAAAAGCAAAUCAGCAUGAUGACUCCGAACGAAGACCAAGAUGGCUAUGCUUUGAUCACUGGUGAGAACGGCAUUGCUCCCAACCAACCUUUGCCUCAUGCCUCGAGGAACUUCAAGAUCAGUAGCGUUUCGGUGGGCUUGCUGAUUGGAUUUUUGGUUCAAGAAGCGACGUUGGCAGCCAAUGUUGUCAUCUUGGAGGUCUGGGGAAAUGAGUUUGCUCAUACGAGUCGCAAGGAGAUUGUUCUUUUUUCGCUCCUCUGGAGUUUUGUGACCUCGGCCAUUGCCAUUAUUCUGCUGGGAUUCCUCAGGUCCCUCAUUACGGCUUUCUAUCAGACCCUGCCCAUGGAUGGCAGGACGCAGCAACAAACAGAAAAUAUUCACAAGAACAUGUUGGAAAGCCUUGAAGUGCUGUUUGUGGUUGGGGCUCUUAUUGGCGUUUCCUUUGCGUGGGUUAUCACCGAUUUGUUCCUUGGGAUGCAACCACAGAUCAAUUUCAGCAUUAUCACGUUGGGAUUGGCCCUGCUCUGGUGCAAAAUUGUAGUUUCCUGCCGCGCACAGACAGAGGAAUUGGAAGAAGAGGAAACCGGAUCUCAGGAGAAACCUCUUCUAGUUGUUUGAGAAUCCCAACAUAGCACGAGAGGGUAGCGACUCGACUGUCACUCGGUUCAAUAUUUAUUUGUGCGCCUAUGAGCCAAGUACGAAGAAUUCGGUACGCGAAGGAUGGCAAAAAGUUUAAGCAUCGUAGCUUGUUUGUAAAAUUGUUUCAAGUCAGCUGCAAAAUCUCGGGUUUUGUUCUUCUGCGGC